UCUACUAUCUCUAUAGCCAACGAAUCAAGUGGAAUUCCAUUGACCAUUCCAAGAUUUCCAAGAAAACUGUUUGUUUUUAUCAAUGCCGGAGUAAAAACUACAGAUUUUUAAAAUAAAUAAGUUAAUUAAUACAUUUAUUUACUUCCACAGUGUGAUACAUACAUAUUUUGUCAAAUAUCUGAUUGAGACAGCGUUGACACGAUGAAACGGAGCGGCUGUGGCCCUUCUAAGGGUGGCUUUCAGUUCACCGGCUUCCAGUUGAAGGGCAAGUCCCUUGUGAACCCUCCACCCCCCUCGGCAGCCCUCAGUAAGCAGGGCUAUAGUACCAUGACAGCCAUUACUCAGAAUGCACUCUCUGCCAGCUGGGGCGUGCCCAAGAAACGGUCCAAGACUGAGGAGGAGUAUUUCGAUGAGGAAGAAGACACACCCGCCAGUACAGGUCUGGAGUACAUCCCAGCUCCCGGGAGUCCCUCGUAUGUCCCUCCCAAGGAAGACUCAGAUUCUGAAGAGGACCCGUUGGAUGCUUUCAUGGCUGGAAUUGAGAAGCAGGUUAAAACGGAGGCUUCAAUGUCUGGCGUGAAAGAAGACAAAACUAAGAAUAAGGGAAUAAGAGACGAUAUUGAAGAAGAGGAUGAUGAAGAGUCGUAUUACAGGUAUAUGGAGGAGAACCCCAGGGCGGGAAUGCAGGAUGAUGAAUCCGAUGUUGAAAUAGAGUAUGAUGAAGAUGGAAAUCCGAUUGCUCCAAAGAAAUCAAAGAUUAUCGACCCGCUACCAGCAAUCGACCAUUCGGAGAUCGACUACCAGGACUUCGAGAAGAACUUCUACACAGUUCAUGAGGAGAUAUCCCGUCUGAGCGAGGAGCAAGUCAACGAACUAAGGAACACCCUUGGCAUCAAAGUGACGGGCCCUUCUCCCCCGAGGCCUGUUGCUAGUUUCGCUCAUUUUGGGUUUGAUGAUGCAUUAAUGAAAGCAAUUAGAAAGUCCGAAUACACUCAACCGACGCCCAUUCAAGCACAGUCUAUACCAGCAGCUUUGGGAGGCAGGGAUAUUAUAGGCAUUGCCAAAACAGGUAGUGGUAAGACGGCUGCCUUUCUGUGGCCCAUGUUGGUGCAUAUUAUGGACCAGAAACAGCUGGCUGAAGGGGAUGGACCUAUUGGGCUUAUUCUGGCACCUACCCGCGAAUUAUCACUACAGAUCUACAACGAAGCAAAGAAAUUCGGCAAAGUGUACAAUAUGAGCGUGGUGUGCUGCUAUGGAGGGGGGUCGAAGUGGGAACAGAGCAAGGCCCUGGAGGGGGGAGCAGAGAUUGUGGUGGCCACUCCGGGCCGGAUGAUAGAUCUCGUCAAAAUGAAGGCAACCAACCUAACAAGGGUCACCUUCUUGGUGCUCGACGAAGCUGAUAGGAUGUUCGAUAUGGGAUUUGAACCGCAAGUGCGUUCAAUCUGCAAUCACACGAGGCCCGACCGGCAGACAUUGCUGUUCAGUGCAACGUUCAAGAAGCGCAUAGAGAGGCUGGCCAGGGAUGCACUGACCGACCCCGUUCGCAUAGUGCAGGGAGAUGCUGGAGAGGCCAACUGUGACGUCACACAGCUGGUGCACGUCAUGCCGCAGGCCAACAAACUGCAGUGGCUACUCCAACACCUGGUCCAGUUUCUGUCGGCCGGCAGUGUGCUCAUAUUUGUCACCAAAAAGUUGAACACAGAAGAGCUAGCCAGUACACUGACAUUGAAAGAGUUCGAAGUGCUUCUGCUGCAUGGAGAUAUGGACCAAAUCGAGCGAAACAAAGUCAUCACUAUGUUCAAAAAACAGGAGGUCAGCAUUCUGGUUGCCACCGAUGUUGCAGCUCGAGGUUUGGAUAUUCCCCAUAUAAGGACUGUAAUCAAUUACGAUGUAGCUCGAGAUAUAGAUACUCAUACCCACAGAAUUGGUCGUACCGGUCGUGCGGGAGAGAAAGGAACAGCCUACACUCUGAUAACUGACAAGGAUAAAGAAUUCGCCGGACAUCUUGUGAGGAAUCUGGAGGGAGCCAACCAAGAAGUUCCCAAACCUUUGCUCGAUCUGGCUAUGCAGAGUUCAUGGUUCCGUAAAUCGAGGUUUAAGAGUGGAAAGGGUAAAUCUCUGAACGUUGGCGGGAGUGGACUGGGAUUUAGAGAACGACCAGGUCUUGGAUCAACUGAUGCUGGUUCAUCUUCGACUAGUUCUAUGAGUAUUUCUGAGAUAGUUCACAGUCGUAACUCGUCCAAAAGUGGCCCAGGUACUGACAGGUUGGCAGCUAUGAAAGCCGCUUUUAAGGCCCAGUACCAAACACAGUUCACUGUAUCUGAAGACAAAACCUGGGAACAUACCAGGGAACAAGAAGAACAAGACAACAUAUUUGUCUCUCCUUCCUUCAAACCUACUCCUCCCUCCUCCUCCACACAACCUCCUCCUCCCUCUUCUUCUGCCCCUACUACAAGUAAAGAGAAGAGGGUAAGAAAAAGUCGUUGGGAUACAUCGUAGAUUUUGAAUUAUUUAGAAUAAAUUCUGUGUUUGAUAUUAUUAAAUAUAAGCUACCAACUGUGUUGGUUAUUAUGAAUCAUUAAUAGGGUAACAGAAAGUCGUAAGAUACGUAAUAGCAUAGAGAAACAAUAGCGAAAGUAGAUAUCUCAUGGUAUAGGGUGUUUAUGUUGCAACUUUUACUGUUAUCUCAAGUCGAUUACUGUAGAUUAUUGUCGAUUUUUACUGUUUUGUUGGGGUGAGAGUGUAUGAACGGCACAAUAAGAGAGACUACCAGCGUCACACAGCUUCACGGGAUAGAACUACGUGGACUAUCGGCUUGAGAUAACAGUGAAAGUUGCGACAUAAACGUCCUAUAGCAUGGGAUAUCUACUUACGCUAUUGUUUCUCUAUGAUAAUAGGUUUCAAAAGAUUUGAAAUAAGUUUUGUGUUUGAUAUUAUUAAAUAUAGGCUACGAACUGUGUUGGUUAUUAUGAAUGGUUAAUAGGGUAAGAGAAAGUCGUUGGGUACAACGUAGAUUUUCAAGUACCUAUUUGAAAUAAAUUCUGUGUUUGAUAUUAUUAAAUAUAGGCUACGAACUGUGUAUGUUAUUAUGAAUGAUUAAUAGGUAAGAGAAAGUCGCUGGGAACAUCGUAGAUUUCAAAAUAUUUGAAAUAAGUUUUGAGUUUGAUAUUAUUUAACAUAAGCUACCAACUGUGUUGGUUAUUAUAAAUGAUUCAUAAGGUAAGAGAAAGUCGUUAGAUACAUAAUAGGUUUCAAAAGAUUUGAAAUUAAUUUCGUGUUUGAUAUUAUUAAAUAUAAGUUACAAACUGUGCUGGUUAUUAUGAACGAUUGAUAAGGUAAGAGAAAUUCGUUGGGAUACAUUGUAGAUUUUCAAGUACCUAUUUGAAAUAGAUUCUGUGUUUGAUAUUAUUAAAUAUAGGCUACGAACUGUGUAUGUUAUUAUGAAAGAUUAAUAAGGUAAGAGAAAGUCGUUCAGAUACAUAAUAGGUUUCAAAAGAUUUGAAAUUAAUUUUGUGUUUGAUAUUAUUAAAUUUAAGCUACAAAAAACCACUCCACUUUUAUGGGCUAUAUUAUUCAAAUAAAUAAAAACAAUAUAAAACUUGUAGUACCCUUUAAUAAAAACAUUUUAAAAACUUGAAAAUAUUUUAACGACUAGUUUCGACCUUAUUUCGGUCAAAUUAGGCCAAAACUAGUCGUUAAAAUAAUUUAAAGUUUUUGAAAUGUUUUAAUAAAAACAUUUUAAAAACUAGUUUCGAUCUUAUUUCAGCCAAAGUAGGUCGAAACUAGUCGUUAAAAUGUUUUCAAGUUUUUUAAAUUUUUUUAAUAAAAGGGUACUCCAAGUUUUAUAUCGUUUUUAUUUAUUUAUAAGCUACGUUCUGUGUUUAUUAUAAAUGAUUUUUGUGAAUUUAUCACCAAUAUUUAUUAUGAAUUUGAGUGUAAGAAAAAGUUGUUAAGUUACAUUGUAGAUUUCCAAAUAUUUGAAAUAAAUUGUAUGUUGAAUAAUAUAAAAUUCACAAAUAUAUAUUGUGUUCAGCAUAAUAGCAAGAAAAAGUCGUUAAGUUACAUCGUAGAUUUCAAAAUAUUUGAAAUAAAUUCUGUGUUUGAUAUUAUUCAGUAUAAACUACGAUCUUUGUUGGUUAUUAUGAACUAGUUUUGUGAAUUUAUCACCAAUAUUUAUUAUGAAUUCGAGGGUAAGAAAAAGUCGUUGAGUUACAGCAUAGAUUUCAAAAUAUUUGAAAUAAAUUGUAUGUUAAAUAAUAUAUAAUUUACAAAUAUAUUGUGUUGAGCAUAAUAGCAAGUAAAAGUCUUCAAGUUACAUCGUAGA